AUGCCCGGACGAAUUCUGUUUCGUUAUACUCGUGAAGAGGUUGCCAAACAUAAUACCAGGAAGAAACUUUGGGUCAUCCAUAACAACAAAGUUUAUGACUUGACAGAAUUCGCCCUCGACCAUCCCGGUGGUGCUGACGUACUUUUGGAAUGGGGAGGACGAGAUGUUACCAAAAUUAUGACCGACCCAGCUUCACACGAACAUACUAAGAGCGCAUAUGAAUUAUUGGCAGAUUCAUGUAUUGGAGAAGUGGUUGACAAUGCUGUUGUCUCAAAUACACAAAUUAAGAACGCGGAUGGCAUAUUCGAUGAACGAACAGUUGAUAAAUUUCAUCCCGAAACAACGGACAUAAAAUCCGACCUUAACGAAAAAUUUUUAAACCUUAAUAAGCCGUUAUUUGCCCAAAUGUUUAAUUGCAAUUUCAGCAAAGAAUUCUAUCUUAAACAAAUUCAUCAACCACGUCAUCUCCCUUAUUCGGCUAGAUUGUUUGCGAAAGGCUAA